AUGGAUAGGAGUGAGAUGGAGAAAAGCGGGGAUGGGUUCAUUGAUAGGAGUAAAGUUAGGAUUUUGCUGUGUGAUAAUGACGAUAAGAGGUCGGAGGAGGUCUUCACACUUCUGUGUAAAUGUUCUUAUCAAGUGACGUCUGUAAAGUCACCAAGGCAAGUGAUUGAUGCCCUGAAUGCCGAGGGGCCUGACAUAGAUAUUAUUCUCUCUGAAGUCGACCUACCAAUGUCUAAAGGAAUGAAAAUGUUAAAAUAUAUUACGAGGGACAUAGAGUUGCGUCGCAUUCCUGUGAUCAUGAUGUCUGCUCAAGAUGAGGUAGCUAUUGUUGUCAAGUGUCUGAAACUUGGGGCAGCUGAUUAUCUUGUGAAGCCAUUACGUACGAAUGAGCUCUUGAAUCUAUGGACACACAUGUGGAGAAGGAGGCGAAUGCUUGGAUUAGCAGAGAAGAACGUCAUAAAUUAUGAUCUUGAUGUGGUUGUCUCGGAUCCUAGUGAUGCUAAUACCAACAGCACUACUUUGUUUUCGGAUGACACAGAUGACAAGUCCCAAUCCCGUCAGGAGAAUCAGGCUUAUAAUGCAACCACGAAUACUGCUCCAAUACAGACUGCGUGUGGGACUCCAGAUUAUCGCCCCGAUGUGCCAAAAGUAAUUGACAGGCAGAGAGGACAAAAUUGUCCUUUCCCAAAGAAGCGGGAACUCAGGAUCGGCGAGUCAUCCGCCUUCUUCACGUACGUCAAAUCUGCCAAAUACAAAAGCCACGGCCCUUCCGCUUUUCACGAGUAUUCACCUCAGCAUGUCGACACCCAAAUACAAAAUAACCGAACCCCAGCAGAAAAUAAUCACCAAACCAACUCCAACUCCAACACCUUUUCCCUAGAGAGAUCCUUAACUCCUCCUCCAUUAUCCAUAGACAACAACCUCACAAAACAGCACCAACCGAAUAACGAGCUUUCACAAUCUCAUUUCCUCACAAGAAACGAGUCGCCCAAUGACAUUUCCAAUCACUACCCUCAUUCCGGCCCAUACCCAUACUACAUGCCGGGCAUGAUGAGCCACAAAUUAAACCAUGCGAGUUCCCCGAUGAUGCCACCUCAGUAUAAUGAUCACAUCGUGCCAUCCUACCCUUAUUACCAGUUUGGCAUAUGUUUGCAGCCGGGCCCACCUCAUCAUCAUCCUCACCACCAGCAGUGGCCACCGUCCGGCGAAGGAGGGGGGAAGGCGGCGAAAGUCGACCAGAGGGAGGCGGCGCUGAUGAAGUUCAGGCAGAAAAGGAAAGAGAGGUGCUUUGAUAAAAAGAUACGGUAUGUGAAUCGGAAAAAGCUCGCCGAGCGUAGGCCCCGCCUGAAGGGGCAGUUCAUGAGGAAGGCUAACGGGGUGAGUGUGGACCUGAACGGGCUUCCGGGCUCGUCCGAGGAUGAAGAGGAAGAUUAUGACGAGGACGAUCAAUUGUAG